GAAAGUUUAUGGGAGUAUACGAGGAAUGCUCCCGGUCCCGGAGGAGCGGCAUGAACGACGCCGAUGUUCUCCGGCUUGCCACGACCCGGUAUCAAGACGACGGGAACCAAGGCAAGGUGCCCAUCGAUCUUUGGGGGAUUUUGAGUCGUUCCCCGAAGUGGCAACAACUCAACAAUCCCGACGGCGUAUCAUUCCGGAAAAGAUCCACCGUCGACGCCGAGGUUGAGGUCGACGAGACCAUCGGUUCUACCGAUCAAAUCCCUUCCUUCAACGUUGCGGCUUCCGAUGACGAGGACCCCAUUCCACGGCCGAUCGGAAGAAAGAAGGCAAAAUCCAUUGCCUCUGGUUCGGGAGGGUCCGCCUCUAUUUCCGCUUCUCCCCGCGACGAAAUCGGCCGGGCAAUGGUUGAACAACUUCGGGCGUUCAAUCUCCAAGAACAAGAGAGGUUGAAGCUUAAAGAGAAGGAGUUGAAGCUAAAGGAGCAGGAGGCCGAGAUGAAGUCCUCUCCAAUAUCUUGUCCCAAGUGUCUUCCUAAACUUUCUCUCUCGCUUUUCCUUCGCUUCCGUACAACAAUGUCGAAAUUGAACCCCGCUGCCAAGGAAUAUUUCCCUGUCACCUCCCGACCAUACAUGCCGAACAUCCUCCAUCGGCAUCUCGGAUGUCCGCCGCAUGCGGCGGCGAGGACCGCGCACGGUUUCUGCACCCCGCGCACCGUCGGGGUCAUCCAACGCACUCCCUGCUUCGGGUAUUUCACCGGCGGCGUCGUGGCCGUCCGUAAAGAGGCGGCGCGGGCAUGCUCGAAGAAGAAAAAGAACCUCAAGGCCUUUGUCUUGCCGCCGAGGUUGCAGGAGAAGCUGAGAAAUCUAGACAUUAGUGGGAAGGUUGAACCCAAGAUUUGGAGACCCGUCAAGGCCUCCGGCAAGGCCACCGGCGGCGUCGUCGUCGAUGAAUCGCUGUCUCCGGCGACGGGGAAGACUACAGUGAUGAUCAAGAACGUCCCCAACCAAUACCGGCGGGACAGUUUCAUGGCCUUCAUCGACAAGCACUGCGCCGAGAGCCACCUCUCCUAUGACUUUCUGUACCUGCCAAUGGACUUCAGAACCAACAACAAUGUUGGCUAUGCCUUUGUGAACUUCACAACGGCCGCGGGUGCUGCCAAGAUACGUGAGCUUCUGAGGUUUUACCAGUGGGGUGAAGUGAAGAUUGGGUCUGGCACCUUCAAUUCCAGAAAGAUCUGUGAAAUCACAUGGGCACGAAUCCAGGGAAAGGCUGAGCUGGUGAAGCAUUUUGAGAAAUCCAACUUUAUCUGCGGCACGGCGGAUUAUCUGCCGGUGGCAUUCUCGCCGCCCCGAAAUGGCAUGCCGGGAAGUUCGGAGCCACAGACGGUGGGCAACCUGAUGGGCCGUCCGUUGGCUGCUAUAUAAGGAAUGGAAUCUGUGUGUUUUUAGCUAGUUUAGAGUACUCUUUCUACUAGUAAUUGCCUUGUUAGCUAGAGCGGCCAUUGCCAUGGCCCGUGUUUUAGUGUCAACCUGGGUUGGUUGGACAUCCAGGGUGAAAUGGAAACAUGGGCUUGGCGGGUCUUUGUCUGAAUUGUUGUUCU